AUCUAUCCCAGCACGUCUGACAGCCGGACAGAGGCUCUCUCCCAGUCUUUAUCUACCUACCUACCUAUCAACCAGUCUGUCUAUCUACUUAUGUAUCUGUCUGUCGUCUCGAAACGUAGAGGAGAAUUUAGAGCUCGGUAAUGGAGACCACCGUGGAACGGGGCUUUUACCCCCGCCGGAGACGCACAAACUCACCGGACCAAUAAGGCGACAAAGGGCAUAUACCGGUUUGGUGUUUUAUCUCAACGACGCCUGCUACUUUUUUUUCUUCCUCUUGUCAUUUUAUACAAACGCGCCUCCAAAAACAGCUGCUCUGCUCGGGAAGUUACGGACAAAACACGGAUAAAUCCUCCGAAGUCGUCUUCUCCAGUUUCCAAGAGGCGAUCUCACCCGAAGGAUUUCUUCUUCUCUGAACCUGCUCAUCAACAAUAAACUCUGUGGUCUCUCCAAUAAGGAAACCUCCUCCUGCUCAGAUCGAGGCUUCUGAGAGAUGAGCUGCCAAUGUAAGCCCUAUCCCUGACCUCAGCACUUAGCUGGAGUCACACUCAAAGUCAUCAGUCAUCUCUACUUGGCCUGGGGGUCUUCUAGAGGGUUGGGCCUCCUUGUCAUUAUGAAAGGGUUGGGGACUAACCGAAACAGACACUUGUCUGACUCCUGUGAUCCUUCCUCGGGCCAUCCAGAGGUCCUCUACCCUCAGAAGACCAGCACCCUACCACGCAGCCCUUAUCUGCUGAGCCCAACAAUGGACCAUUAUGGCACCAUGGACCCCCAUAUAUAUGCUUCGGGCAACCCAGGCUCCCUUCCACCAGACUGCAUGCUGCCCCUCAACAACCAGAUGUCCAACAGCAGCACCUUCCCCAGGAUUCACUACAACUCCUAUGACCAGUCUGAUUUCUCCCCACCUGGGGACAGUAUUGGGGGAAUCAGUACAGGGACCAUUGGGACACCCAUGCCAAUGGGCAUGGGAACAGGCAUGGACAUGGCAGGCCUGAGUGCAAGAACACCUAUGAUUACAAGUGGCUCAGCAACUAUAUCACAUCAUAUGACCAAGAACCAGGUACCACCAAGCCUGCUGGAGUUUGACAAGCAGCUACCUGGGGGUCGUGAUGGAUUCAGCACGUUGCAGUUCCAUCGAACAUCUGCUGUCGCUGUGGCCAAGCAGCGAACAGACAGUCCUGGUCGUAUUCGUUACAUGUUGCACUCAGUACAGAAGCUUUUUGCAAAGUCCCAGUCACUGGAAACCCACCACAUGAAAGGAAAUGUCAAUGGACGCUCUACUGGCAGUGGCGGAGGCUCGUCCAGCACAGAGAACGGAGGGAAGCAGAAUCGCAGAUGCAAAAGUAAAGAUCGGGGUACAAAAUCAGAGGCCACCACCAAGCGGCGGCCACGGUCCAACAUGUCAGGUUAUUGGAGCUCAGAUGAUUUGGACAGCAGUGAUUUGAGCAGCUACCAUAACACCAUGGCCACGAUGACUCUAGGACAUCCAACUGGCCAUGAAAGUCAGGGGGGACAGAGCAGAUACAUCCAAAGUGGAUAUAACACUAUCAGCUCCUCCAAAAGCAGCAAUGACAUGAAGUAUCAGGCCCUUCCUGGGCCUGCUGGUGGACUAGGAAGCAUGGUAAUGAACGAUAGUGACUAUAUGAAAGGAGGGUCCUGGUCCACACUGACUAUGGGCCAGCCGAGACAGGUGAUCCAGAAGGGCUCAGCUACUCUGGACAGGUCCAUGCUCAAGUCCAAAUCUUGCCAACAGGAAUUAACCUGCAACUACCUGCAGGUUGGACCAAGGGGUGAUUGGAGUAGCACAUUAGGCCGUACCGGGGGUGCCAAUGAAAUCCCAUGCCGGCGGAUGCGCAGUGGUAGCUAUGUGAAGGCCAUGGGAGACAUGGAGGACAGCGACGAUUCGGAGGGAAGCCCUAAACCCUCGCCAAAAACUGCUGCUCGCCGCCAGAGCUACCUCAGGGCAACGCAGCAGUCUCUGAGCGACCAGCUACCCCCACGCAACAGAACCCUGGAUUACACCUUUUUGCAGGGGGAGCUGGAUGCCCUGUGGUCUCCGCUCCACAGUGUGUCCUCUCUGCAGCAGCUGGGCAGGUCAAUGAGCAGCUGUCUUCCGUCUCUCAGAGAGCUCUCCAAUAACCGCAGCUUGGACAACCUAGACUGCAUCGGGAGCACAGGCUCCUCUUUGCCACGCUGGGACGACGACUUCAGCCAGGCCUGCAGCACUCUGAGCAGACGUAGCUGCAUGGGACAGCUAAGGGACCCAGAAAUGAGCCACCAUUAUGAGGACCGCAGCUCCGAGUCCACAUUCAGAGAUUCCCGUUCCCACUCUCAGGACAACCCAGACCCUCCAAACUUGCCCAUGCCAACAUGCUUCCGAUCCCGUAGUCACAGCUACCUGAGAGCCAUCCAGGCCGGCUGCUCCCAGGAUGACGACACAGUGUCUAUAGAUUCAGGCUGCUCACCACCUCCAUCUGACACCACUGUUCACAGCUACAGCACCAGCACUGUCUCUACCUGUAGAAAAGCUGCUCCUCCACCAGUGCCACCCCGUACAUCUUCCAAGCCCUACAUCUCUGUGACAGUACAGAGCAGUACAGAGUCUGCCCAGGACAACUACCUGGACCAACAGGACCGGAGGUCAGAGGUCAACAGCCAGUCCAGCCACGCUCACAGCAACUCCUCCGACAGUCUUGACAGCACCCGUGCCAACAGCCUGGCUCGGGGUAUUCCCCGCCCUCCGCACAUCUUUCCCACUCCCAUUGCCACUCCGAGAGAGCCACUUGUCCCUACCACUGCCAAUGCUUUCACUGAGACAAGUGACUCAGUAGUCCAGCAUGAAUCUGGGAAAUCAGGAUUAAAUAAAGGAACUCUAGCAGCUGAGGAGCCAUUUGUGGCCCCGGUACCCAGGCGGAAACUGUCCUCCAUUGGUAUACAGGUUGACUGCAUUCAGGAAGUUCAGCGAGAGGAAACCCCACCAUUGGCCAAAUUUCAGUCAAUUGGAGUACAGGUGGAGGACGGGUGGCAGCUCAGUCAUUCCAGUAGCAUGGCCUCAAAACAAGAAACGGACUCAGACACACAGGACAUCCCAGUCAUCUCCCAUAUCAUUAAUGCCAAACCCACUGAAAAGAAAGCAAUGGUCAAUAGUGCUAGCCAGUCCAUGAGCUCCAUUCCUGGACAGGACUCUUUAGACAAUAGAGACACUAUCAGUGGCACCUCUUCACCUCCACCUCCCAGGCAGAUCCUCAACCGCUCCACCACACGAAGCAGCUCGUCCUCCUUCUCAGAAAGCUUGGACCCGGCGCUGGACCCCUCGUCUCUGCCACCUCCGGAUCCCUGGCUGGACAGUGGGAAUGGCAGUAACAGCAGUGUACCCCAGAGUGAAGGAGGGGGAACGCUGUGUCGAAGGGACGGCCACUGGUUCCUGAAGCUGCUCCAGGCAGAGACGGGGCGUAUGGAAGGCUGGUGCCAGCAGAUGGAGCAGGAGACCAAAGACAACCAGCUCUCAGAGGAGGUGCUGGGGAAGGUUCGCAGUGCAGUAGGAAGCGCCCAGCUCCUCAUGUCCCAGAAGUUCCAGCAGUUCCGGGGACUGUGUGAACAAAACUUGAAUGUGAAUGCCAAUCCACGACCCACACCCCAGGACCUGGCUGGCUUCUGGGACCUGCUGCAGCUGUCUAUCGAGGACAUCAGUCUCAAGUUUGAUGAGCUCUACCAUCUCAAGUCCAAUGACUGGCAGCUUGUGCUGUCUGCGGCUGUCCAGUCGCCCCCUGAGCGGAAGAACAAGGAAAAGGUGACCCCUCCAGCAUCAAAGAAGCCCGGUAAAGGACGACCGUCACUGGGCCGAGAGAAGAGUGCCGACUCUUCGUCCACCUCUUCUACGGCCUCGGCAGAGAAGCAGAGACAGGAGGCUCGCAAGCGCUUCCUGGCUGCUAGGAAGACUGCCUCGUUUCGCCAGAACUCUGCUACAGAGAGCGCCGACAGCAUCGAAAUCUAUGUCCCCGAGGCCCAGACUCGCCUUUGAGAGAGAUCCAACCCUACAUCCUAAGGACAUAAGUGUCACUGAAAAUGCAGAGGAAAACUUUUGCAAUGCAAAUGAGAGACUCUGUGUUAAGCGGGACGGAGGUGGGGAAAGGAGAGAUCAGAUUCCUAGAGAUGGGGGUGGGGAGGUGAUUUGGGCAUUGUUUCUUUUCUUUUUUC